AUAGGUGACUUUCAGGGUAUGGGAUGAACGUGAUGAAGAAUCAGACCGAUACCCUCCUCCGCAGUUCUCCGAGCUCAGAUAAUCAGAAAAAAUCGCUUCCACAUUUCCGGCACGAACCUUUAAAACGUACAGAGGAGGCAUCAGCGCUCAAUACUGCGCGGAGAGCGACGAGUUUGUUCCACUGCAGCUCUGCUCAAAUACAAUAUCUACCAAACAAGUAAGUUUUAAGAGAAACAGAAGAAAUGAAGAUCCUACUUUUAACUUUACUGCUGUCAUUCAGCACUGGUGAUGAGAUGGAUCUGUUGCGUUACAGAAGAACACACAAUACAAGCAAAGCAGGUAAAUGCAUGGAAUCACCAUUUGAAACCUACAGAAGAGAUGAUGUCUGGCUGCGGAUUCACAGAGGCAAGACCCAGAAAUGCAGAUGUAGACGAAGAGCAAUUUGUCAUGACGUACACACAGAAGAAUGUGCUACAAACAAUUGCCUAAAUGGGGGAAGCUGUGCAAAACAUCUUCGUUCAGAAUAUUAUGUCUGUCGAUGUCCACAUGGAUACACUGGUAAACACUGUGAGAUAGAUAUUAAAUCCCAGUGCAUUACUGAGAGGGGAAGAAAUUACAGGGGCACAAGGAACUACACAAAAUCUGGCUCUCAGUGCUUGAGAUGGGAUUCAGCUGCAGACCGUGAAAGAAACUAUAAUGCAAGAAGAUCAGAUGCAUUGAAUUUGGGUCUUGGGAGUCACAAUUUUUGCAGGAAUCCAGACAAUGAUAGAAAGCCUUGGUGUUACAUCGAAGGAAAAAAGAACUGGGACUUCUGUGAUAUUCCAAAAUGUCAGACAGAAAUUAAGUCAAAGUGUGGCAAAAGACAGCAUAAAAUGAAGAAGAUUGUUGGAGGACUCAGAGCCACAAUUGAAUCUCAUCCUUGGCAAGCAGCACUUUAUAUUACUGGAAGAAGAUACAUUAAUCCGGCUUUUCAAUGUGGAGCAAGUUUGAUUCAUCCAUGCUGGGUUCUGACAGCUGCACACUGCUUUAACACCAAUGUUUCCCCUACAGACUACAGGGUAUUACUGGGAAAAUCUUCGAUCAGUGAACAUACUAAAAAUGAACAAAACUUUUCUGUUGAAAAGAUAAUUAUUCACCAAAGGUACAAUGAACAUACAUAUGACAAUGAUAUUGCGCUGUUGAAGCUGAAAUCUCAAUCAGGAAUGUGUGCAAAGGAGACUGAAUCUGUACAAACUGUCUGCCUGCCUCUGAAAUACCAAAGAGUUGCUGAUGGCACUCAAUGUGAAAUUUCUGGUUAUGGUAUGGAACGUGCAUUUUCGCCUUUCUUCUCCAAAUUCCUGAAAGAGGCAAAAGUGCACAUAAUUUCACAGCAAUUAUGCAGGUCCUCUCAGUACUAUGGAAAGAAGCUGACUGACAACAUGUUAUGUGCUGCUCACCCUGCAUGGACUGCAGAUUCUUGUCAUGGAGAUUCUGGGGGACCUCUGGUUUGUGAAAACGAUGGACAAAUGUAUCUUUAUGGAGUAAUCAGUUGGGGAGAAGGAUGUGCCCAAAAAAAUAAACCAGGAAUUUACACAAGAGUAACAAAUUACUUACAGUGGAUUGAAGAAAACAUGGCUGUCUGAUUUGAAACUUUUAAAAUCAUUUCCAGUAAUAUUCAUCCAACUUACCUGAUUUUACUUCUGAAAUUUCUAACUGUGGAUUAAUUUUGAAAAGAUAAAUGAGCUACACACUUUACUGCUGCAAAAACUUUCUAUUUUUGUCUGCAUCAGACAAAACACCACUUUUUAUAUUUAUCAUUUUGUGUAACUUUAAGAUUUAACAAAAUAUAUAAAGAUUAAUUUUAAUUGGUGUAUGCAAAUAAAGCUAAUCAUCUUAUC